CAGAAGACGUAUUUGGGGGCUGCGUCAUUUAGCGACGGCCAUUAGGUGUUUUCGAGGUCCAAAAUAUGAUGGGGAGCACCUGCGCAGUGUUAUAAGGAAAUUAUUGGGGGAAAAGAGAUUGCACGAUACAUUGACUAAUGUCGUGAUUGUGGCUUAUGACACUUUGUCGAAUGACUUAAUCAUAUUCUCGAGCCAUGAGAUAAAGAAAUCACCUAGUCGAGAUGCCCUCCUUUCUGACAUAUGCAUUGGGACUUCGGCGGCCCCAGGUUACCUCCCCUCUCACUAUUUCGAGACAAUCGACCAUUUGGGAAAUAUCACGAAAUUUAAUCUCGUAGAUGGUACCAUUGCUGCAAAUAAUCCGGUGCGUCUAUAUUAUCAAGUGAUUGCCUUUCUUAAUUUAAUACGGUGCUUUUAGCUCUUAAGAUUUAUUCCUUGAGAUUGACAAUUGUUUCAUUGCUUGAAGAUUUUGCUCGCAAUAAGGGAAACAGUGAGGGAAGUGACAGGUGGGACUAACAAUUUGGCUGAAGCGAGAAAGCACGGCCAGUUUCUGCUAUUAUCGAUUGGAACAGGGACCAAAAGGGAAGACGGUUACCACGCAAGCGAAACCAGAAGGUGGGGCUUUUUUGAUUGGCUCUACAAAAGAGGGUAUUGUCCAAUUGUGAAUAUGUUCGAUAGAGGAAGCAAGGUCAUGGUCGAGCAGAACCUUCCCACGGCCAUCGAGACUCUUCAUGCCAAAGAUCAUUAUUUUCGGAUUCAGGAUGACACUUUGUGUGGGGAUUUAUCUUCCAUGGACAAAGCCACUAGGAAGAAUUUGGAUGAUCUGGUGAAAUUCAGUGAUGAAUUGCUGGUUAAACCGGUUUCUAAAAGAAAUCCAAAUACUGGCGUUUUGGAGCCUUGUUCUAGAGAGACCAAUGCUGAGGCUCUCAUAAGGUUGGCUAAACUGCUUUCCGAGGGAAGGAAACGUAGACCGGCACCAAUACGCGAUUAA